CGACAUGAACUGUAGACUUUUGUUUACACCCUCCUCGCAGUUGAGUGCCAGUUGAGUGUACGAAACGAGGGGCUGAGCAACAGCCGGCGUUAGAAAAUUGUGAGAAAAUCUUAGAUUCUUUUACAUAACCGGAACAUUGACCGCGAGAGACGCGAAAAACGUAACACGUGGUUUCGCUGAGCUACAGUACCUACAGUAUCAUCACCUCAUUGUGCUAAAUAUAUACUUCCCCUCGCAACUCAGGCGCCCUCUGGUGUGCAAGAGCAAAGACCGCCAUCUGUAUUAGAGCUUUUGUUAAGCUUUUGAAGCUUGUGGGCGUUGGGAAGAAAAAAGAAUCACGAGCAGGAUGUCGGGAGAAAUAUUAAAACUCUACACAAAAUGCUUAAAUUUCGCAGCUGUAAAGCACAAAGAUCAACGUCGGAAGGAUACAGAUGAGACACCAUACAUAAAUCAUCCCAUUGGUGUGGCGUACAUACUAACAGAGGAGGCGGGCAUUUUUGAUGUUCCGGUCCUGUUGGCAUCAAUUUUGCACGACACCGUUGAGGAUACGGAAACGACGUUUGAUGAAAUUGAGCAGCACUUUGGGGCGCACGUCCGCAAAUUAGUGGAGGAAGUAACGGACGAUAAGACAUUGCCAAAGCAUGUGAGGAAAACCAAACAAAUCGAAAAUGCUGCCAAAUCCUCGUAUGAAGCAAAAUUAGUGAAGCUUGCUGAUAAAUUGUACAAUCUGCGAGAUUUACAGCGGAACUUACCCGUGGGAUGGACAGAAGAACGCCGAAAGGAGUACUACAUCUGGGCUAAAGCCGUUGUGGAUAAUCUCCGAGGAACUAAUGCAAUUCUCGAAGCAUCUCUCGAUGGAAUAUUUCAAACAGAAAACAUCAUGUAGCCACUAUCGUCAUGUGCGGCGUUUUAUUCAGUGCCAAAAAAAACUUAAUUUCUGUAUACUUUAUGUAUAAUCCUUUUACAUAGAUAAGGAAAUAAAUUUGCAACAAAAUGCGGAA